GCCUGUUCCGCGGCCGCUCGGUCAUUUUCGCCUCUUUGUUGUACUGAUAGUGGAUUUAACUCGGAUUCAACCCAAUAUCCAGCGGACCGUGCUGCUCCCGAACAGGCUCCGAUGAGAGGCUCUCCAUGAUGAGGAGCUAACACUGUCGGCCGCACAACCGCAGGAACAGACGUGGCUGCUGCACCAUCCACAGUCGACGCAUGGCGGUAUUAGGGAACCCCGACAUGCUGACGAGGAAGAUCAAGCUGUGUCACAUCAACGCCCACAUCACAUGUCGUCUGUGUGAUGGCUACCUGAUCGACGCCACCACUGUCACCGAGUGCUUACACACCUUCUGUAGAAGCUGCCUAGUGAAGUAUCUGGAGGAAAACAACACGUGCCCCACGUGUAGGAUUGUUAUUCAUCAGAGCCAUCCACUGCAGUAUAUCGGCCAUGACAGAACAAUGCAAGACAUUGUCUACAAGUUGGUACCGGGACUUCAAGAGGCGGAGAUAAAGAAGCAGCGGGAUUUCUAUCAGAAGUUGGGGAUGGAGGUUCCUGGAGACAUUAAAGGAGAGCUUUGCAACAUGAAGACUCAUCUAGAUCAACGUAACGGCGACACAAAAUCAGAGGAAACGGCCAAUAAGGAGGCAGGAGAGGAGAAGCCAGAAGAGGACAACGACUAUCACCGUAGCGACGAGCAGGUCAGCAUCUGCUUGGAGUGCAACAGCAGCAAGCUUCGAGGUCUGAAGAGAAAGUGGAUCCGCUGCUCAGCACAAGCCACAGUCCUCCACCUCAAGAAGUUCAUCGCCAAAAAGCUUAACUUGACAUCAUUUAACGAGCUGGACAUUUUAUGCAACGAGGAAAUUUUGGGAAAGGACCACACUUUGAAAUUUGUUGUUGUCACAAGAUGGAGAUUUAAGAAAUCCCCCCUCCUGCUCCAUUACAGACCCAAGAUGGAUCUGCUGUAGCUAAAACGGACACAACGGUUGUUUUUCUUUUUUUGGGGGGGGGGCCCAGUGGCCGCGGACUGUGCCGAAACCUUUUUAUUUAUGCAAAGACGAUCAACCAACACCAAGCAAACACCCGACAGUAAAAGUCAACACAAGCCAGCAAAUCGGGAUCUAAAGAGAGCGAGGGGGCGACUACAACAAAAAACUGGCAACCUCCAGCACAGAUACGGCAACACUGGUGUGUUUUUAGGAACUUAAACAACCAUGUUUUUGUCCGCUACAUCCUAGAUAUGUGAACAAAAUGAAAAAGAAAAAAAAAACUAAUGGAGAGAAAGCAUAUAUUUAUACUUUUGUACAGAAGAGACACAUGGAACCAAGACACUACUGGUGCUCUGUUUACAAACAAGAUGUCGGGAAUCACGUCUUUUUGAGCUUCAUGCAGAUUCAUCCUCCUGAGACAAUGACUGAGACGACAGGAGGACAUUUUCUUUUGAUAAAGUGUUUUUUCUUUUCUUCAACAAUACACUCGACACGUCUUGGGAGCACAGAAAGUAUAUGGAAAAAGUUAUAUAACAGGCAUCAACUUAAGCUGUUUAUCAAGUAAAUUGUCUCUGAAUCUUUUUUUUAAUUAUUAUUUUCAUUUGUUGGCUUUGUCUAAUUUGCUAUUGGGUUCUUGAUGAUUGUCAAUUGUGAAUAGGCUAAAAAAAUUUGUGUAGUAAUUUAUGUUCUAUAUACCAAUAUUGUACAUAAAAUGUCAUUACAGAGAGAGAGAAACUGAAGAGAGUAAGAGAGACUUUAGACUGUUAAAAAAAAGAAGAGUGGAUCCCAGAAGUGCUAUCUAUAUGUUGGGCGAUAAAUUAGGAUUUUUAAAGACAGACUCACUAUCAGUAUCAAAAUAUAUAGAUGCAUCUUUAUGUUGUCUGAGGAAGACACAAAACAGAUAUAUCAAAUCCUCUGCCAUUUGUGUGUAUGUGGGGUCUGAGUAUGUUACAUUACAAAACUUUAAAAAGAAAGCUUCCCCCCACCUCCCCAUGCUCCUCAUCUCACCCGCCUUCCAUGGAAAACAGUCACUGUUGUCCUUUUUUUUGUUUGUUUUGACAUCAUUAUCAACCAAUUCUGUCUUAACAAUAUUCCUAAACAAAACACUUAUGUUAAAAAAAUGCCUGCAAGACAUAAAAAUGCAAUAUUUGGACAGAGAGCUUGUUCAUAUUUAUAGAUUUCAAUCUCACAUCGUGCAGUCCUUAACAUCCAUGCAUCUGUCUCUGCAGUCUUUGAGCAGCACCAGGCAGGCAAAUACUGAUACACCCACAUGUUUACAGCUUUGAGUUGAGCUGCUAGCAGCAGAUGUUGUUUGCACCCUGCACCCUUUUACCAUGCAUUACCUUCUGCUACGCUCUCACUGCAAAACCAACCCAGUCGCCAGAAAAACACGUUGGAAAUAUAUGUUUUGCACACCACAGAUACAUUUGCACGUUAUUCUGUAAUGUUACAUUUUUAUCAAUGCUGUUGUUAAUGUGUGGUCAUAUGUAGACACCACUUGGAUAAUGUUAGGAAAAGAAAAUGUUUUGGCUUAAAUUAUCCAGUUUUGAGGACACAAUUCCCACUGGAAACAAAGCAAUGUCUUGUUUAAAAAAAAGCAACUUCUUUAUCCCUGCUGAAAAAAAAACAAUGGGACGCUAAAAACACCCAUGUUUUGGGGAUGAAAAGAUGCUGGAAAAACAGCCACAGGUUGCUAAAACCCCAAAUUGUGGGGAGCUAAAAAGCCACAGGAAAGACGGUGACAGGCCCCUUCAGUUUUCAGGGGAUGAGAAAGCUGCUGUAAAUACAGCCAUGGAUCCCUGAAAAACACACACAUUUGGUGGCAAUAAAACAGCUAGAAAAGCCACUCUACAAGUACUCAUGGUUGCUAAACAACACAGAUUUGGGGACUGAAAAGCUGCUGGAAAAGCAGCCAAGGGUCACUAAAAACACCCAUGUUUAAAGGAUGAAAAGAUGCUAGAAAAAAAGGCCAGUGGUCGCUAAAGAACACAGUAGCAGUAGGAAAAUAAUCAAAGUUCAGGAAGAAACACCUGCGCUUUUGGGAACCACCCACGUUUGCUGCGCUAAAAAGCUGUUGGAAAUACAGGGAUGGGUCCCUAAAAACAGUGUUUGGGUGCUAAAAAUACAAACAGCUCUGUUGUUUGUUGGUCUUAAAUAGAUGUCACACCAUCCACCGUCCUCUCUACCUCCUCCUGUCAAAGUCAGCUGAUGUAUUAGGUCACUUUAGAAACGUUAGGCUGUCUGAAACAAGUAAAUGCAAAGUAUUCGUGGUUUGCAGAAACAUACAAUGCCAACAUUUUGGCUGAGUGACUGAGCUGGCAAAACCCUCGAAGCUGCAACAGAAAUGAUUUCUGUAACUUGUAAAAAUACACAAGUCUCAUUAACACCCUCAACGACAAAGUGGAGCUGCAACAGAAUAGAGCAUCUUAUCUCAAAUUUAAUUUUGAAUUAUGGACAUUUUCUCGCCCACAGUAGGUGAAUUUGUAAGUUAAGAGCAAAAUAUGGCAAACUGCAAGCUUUCUCUUCAGAGCUGGACUCCCUCAGUAUGACACAGAGGGCCGGUUUGUUCGACAUGAGUGCAGAUUACUGACGUCACAUUGUUGUAUUUAUGGGGUAUUUUUCAGUUACUUCUCACUGCCAGUUGGAGCUACAAAUGUGCAAAGUUGCACUGAAAACUUCUGAAAGUCAAAUGGAUGUUUUUGUCACAAAAUCAGUACAAAACUUGGAUUUUUUUUUUUUUUUGCAGCCAGUGUUCAAUAUUGUCAACUUCACAAACGACACAAAUUUACGAGUAUUUUUGAGAAAUAACUCGCAAAAUCAGGUUUCGCACAGGGAGGGUUUUUGAGCAUUUUGAUAAUGAAAUUCUGAAUAAAAUGACUACUGUUUGGUCAUUUGGUGCUUCUAAAUGUGUGUUUCUAAUCCUGAGGAGGAUUGUUCCUCGGGAACAUGCUGUUCUUUAACUGUGUGACGCAGCAAACCAAUGUUCUGUUCAACCACAACAUGUCUUUACUCUCAACAUUCAAACUGCUAAACUGUCUUUAACGUUACCACGACUGGAUCCCUGAACGCCGUGUCAGACCUCAAGUAGUAUUACCUCACUGACCUGUCUGUAACUAAACAAUUAUUCACCCUUUGCAUUAUAUCUGCCCACUACAAGCUGUCGUGUCUUUGUGUUCAUAUGCAGGGUUCCUAUGCACCUGUAGGCUCCAAAAGUCUGAAAAAAAUAUGUGAAUUUGACAACUUUUUUGAAACUGUUUAACAAGUGUAAGAGGAAUGAUACACAGACAUUAGCUGGAAAUUCUCUUAUCAUUGCCAAUAUUGUGGUGUUUGCAGUUUUGCAUCAUCAUCUUCAGACAAAGUCAGUUGUUUUAUUGUACAUCUGUUGUAGAUACAUGGACACUAUUCACUAUUAAUGGUAAUG